AUGUCGUGGUUAUUCGGGUAUAAAAGCCAAGCUCCCCCACAAGGAGGUGGAGAUGGAGGACCUGAACCUCCGGGACCGCCACCCUCAUCGGCCGGUAGCGCCGGUCAGAUGGCAGGUGAUGCGAAUUUGACCAAAGCGGAACGAAAAGCCAUGGAGGCCUACCGGUUCGAUUCAUCAGCGCUGGAAAGGGCAGCAGAAGCGGCUCGUACUCUGGAACGAUCGAAGCAUGCCCGCGAAGCGCUGGAAUUGUCUAAAAUGCAAGAAAAUACUCGUCAGCAGGAGUAUUUGGCCAAGGUGAAGGAAUAUGAAGCUCACAUAGAAACGUCCAAGGUGGAACAAAAGCGUGUGGACCACGAAGAGCGCCGGAAAACCUUGGCCGAGGAGACAAAGCAGCAACAGCAGCGUGCUCAGUAUCAGGAUCAGCUGGCCAGGAAACGGUACGAAGAGCAGCUGGCCCAACAGCAGCGCGUACAGGAGGAAAACCUUCGCAAACAGGAAGAAAGCGUUGCGAAGCAGGAAGCAAUGCGUCGCAAGACGAUUGAACAUGAAAUGGAACUGCGUGAGAAGAAUAAGAUGAAGCUGUUGGAAGCAGAACUGCGGGCGAAGGCUAAAGUGGAUCGCGAAAACCGUGAUCUCACGCUAGAGCAGAUUCGUCUGAAGGCGGAAGAGAAUCGAAUCACCGUGAUGGAAGGUAUUAAGACGGCAGGAUCCGUGUUGGGACAGGGUGCUACCGCCCUGCUAACCGAUUGGAAUAAGGUUGUAACCACCGUUGGUGGCUUAUCGCUGCUUGCGCUCGGUGUUUACUCGGCAAAGGGUGCAACGGGAGUGACGGCCCGAUAUGUUGAGGCACGGAUAGGAAAACCAUCGUUGGUUAACGAAACAUCACGCUUUUCAUUGCUGGAAGCGCUUAAACAUCCCAUCGAUACGAUAAAGCGGUUGAAGCACAAACCUACCGACGCCCUGCAAGGUGUUGUGUUGCAGCCAAAGCUUGAAGAGCGACUACGAGACAUCGCGAUUGCUACGAAGAAUACGAAGAACAAUAAGGGUCUCUAUCGGAACAUCCUCAUGCACGGACCGCCCGGAACUGGUAAAACCAUGUUCGCCAAGCGACUCGCAACACACUCCGGUAUGGACUACGCUAUCAUGACCGGCGGUGACGUCGGUCCAAUGGGCCGUGAAGCUGUGACAGCCAUCCACAAGGUGUUCGAUUGGGCCAACACUAGCAGACGCGGUUUGCUGCUGUUCAUCGACGAAGCCGAUGCCUUCCUGCGCAAACGCUCGUCCGAACAAAUAUCGGAAGACAUGCGAUCGGCAUUGAAUGCAUUCCUGUACCGUACUGGCGAGCAGAAUCCAAGGUUUAUGUUGGUGCUGGCUUCGAACACUCCCGAACAGUUUGAUUACGCCAUAAACGAUCGAUUGGACGAGAUGGUCGAGUUUACGCUGCCCGGGCUAGACGAACGAGAACGUUUGAUACGCCUAUACUUUGACAAAUUUGUACUACAACCUGCUGCCGAAGGAAAGAAGCGCUUCAAAGUGGAACAGUGGGACUAUAGCGCAGUUUGCAGUAAAAUGGCCAAGCUGUGUGAAGGCAUGUCCGGUCGUGAAAUCUCGAAGCUCGGUGUAUCCUGGCAAGCGGCAUGUUACGCCUCGGAAGAGGGUGUCCUCACUGAACAGAUGGUGCUGGAUCGGUGUGAAGCCGCCGCUCGGCAGCAUCGCCAGAAGAUGGCUUGGCUUUCGGAACAGGAAAAACUCGACCACAAAUCCAUCACCGGUGGUAAGGGGUUUCUGACACAGUAA